CAAGGAAGAAUGGCCUCAGGAAAUGACUCUUCAGUGACUGAGUUUAUCCUGCUGGGAUUAACUCAACAGCCAGAACUGCAGCUGCCUCUCUUCUUCCUCUUCCUCACAAUCUAUGUGGUCACUGUGGUGGGGAACCUGGGCUUGAUUGCUCUGAUUGGUCUGAACCAUCACCUGCACACCCCCAUGUACUACUUCCUCUUCAAUCUGUCCUUCAUUGAUCUCUGCUACUCCUGUGUCAUAACCCCCAGAAUGCUGGUGAGUUUUGUGAGACAGAACAUCAUCUCCUAUGCUGAGUGCAUGGCUCAGCUCUUUUUCUUCUCUUUCUUUGUUAUUGAUGAGUGCUAUAUCUUGACAUCGAUGGCCUAUGACAGAUAUGUGGCCAUCUGUAAGCCCCUGCUGUACAAGGUCAUCAUGUCUCCUCAGGUCUGCCUUAGGCUGACGGUGUGUGCAUAUGUCAUGGGUUUUGUGGGUGCCAUGGCUCACACUGGAUGCAUGCUGAGACUCAACUUCUGUGAUGGCAAUAUCAUCAAUCAUUACAUGUGUGACAUCCCUCCUCUCCUCCAGCUCUCCUGCACAAGCACUUUUAUCAAUGAAUUGGUUAUUUUUAUUGUGGUGGGCAUCAACAUAACAGUGCCCAGUCUUACUCUCUUCAUUUCUUAUACCCAGAUCCUCUCCAGCAUUUUGCGCAUCCAUUCUACCAAUGCCAGGUCCAAAGCCUUCAGUACCUGCAGCUCCCACAUAAUCACUGUUUGUCUUUUCUUUGGAUCUGCAUCUUUUAUAUAUUUUAAGCCUUUUCCUGCUGGGUCUCUGGCUCAAGAUAAAGUAUCCACUGUUUUUUAUACUAUUGUGGGACCAAUGAUGAAUCCUUUCAUCUAUAGUCUGAGAAACAAAGAUGUUCAUGUUGCAUUGAGUAAGACUUUGAAGAAUAGCAUACUUUCCUGA